AUGGAAGCCUACCAAAUUUUGCAGCGCCAAAAUCUAUUACAAUGUCAGUGCGACUUUACAGAAGAGCUCCCAUAUGCGGACACAAUAUUCUCAGAAGGAGGCAGACAGAAAUUGUACACUAGACUCUGUGAACUUUCUGCAAGAGACUUUGUGGGAAUAUUCGUCUGCGACCCGCUGACAAUAACAAUUGGAUGUCACUAUGAUCAUCCAUUUGUUAUUGACACUCAUCCUGUAUCUAUGACCCCUGGUAAUGGCAAUUGUUUAUUACUAAUUGGAAAGAGGAAUACGCUAGAAAUAUGGAAAAAUAUUUGCAAAUGGCUGUGGAAGCGACUGCAUCAUGGGGGUGUGAAGGCCAACAGACUACAGUCUUUGGCAGUUAUGUCAAGGCAAUGUGUCCAGGAACAAAAAAAGUUCAAAUGUAAGGUAGAGCCUACAAGCUUGAAGAAACGUGCUAGAGAGGAUGAUAAUGAAAUCAUCAUUUUAGACAGCGAUGACAGUUCAGCGGAUGAAAUAUUUCAUCAGAACCAAGAUGAACAAGUCAGUCAACAGAAACGUGCUAGAGUAGGCCUAAAUGACAAAGCAUCAACUGUUUUUGACAGUGAUAAAAAUGUGGAAGAAACAUUUGUUCAG